CCGGGCAUCCUGCGCAAAAAUAUCAAGACGCGUCCUCCAGCGGCUGUUGGGGAUGUUUUUUGUAAAGUCUUUUAUCGUCUCUACCGUCAUAUCCAGACGGUGACAACUGUUCUCUACCGUGUUUUAUGUUUUGUCUUUUGUUUUGUUUUGUUUUGGGUUUUUUUUAAACUAAUUGACCUUAAACACGGGUAUGUGGGAAUGAGCUGCACCGACUCGCCACCUUGUUUAGUAUAACCAUCCGUCAGCAUGCUGUCUUCACGAAGAGCGGCCGGACAGCGACCGUGGGCCCUACUUCUACCAGUACUCUUUAUCUUAACACGCCACGUCGAAGAUGGCACCUGUUCGACAGACUCUCAUUCAUGCCCUCGAAGUCUGGAUUGUGCCCAGGCAGGACGCCACUUCUGCCAGCCAGGGAGCUCGAUUUGUGGCCCCUGUCUCUGGCCCCUGGUAGAAAACUCACAAGGCAGAUGCAAGAAGAGACAUAUUCCUCAUUAUGGUAAGAUGACCACGUACCCACAGCUGGACCAGGAGAUAGACUUCUUGUCCACCAUCAUCAGUGAACAGCGUGAAACAGAGUCCAGACUACCAGCUCUGCUUGCUAACCCCAAAGAGGAAGAGCUUCAUGUAGCACAACCCAGCCACAAGCCAACCACAGAGCAGCCAAUGAUUCAGAGUGCCCUGUCCACCACCACAAACCACACGCCAGCCAUUUUUAGCGACCCCAUGAUCAUUCCCUACCCCUCUAGCGAUCAUUUUUUCAUCAUCCUCAGCAGCGUGUUUGCUGGAGCAGGGUCUUUGGCUCUGGUUGUCGCUGGAGUCUGCUGGGUCAGACUCCAGAGGGAUGUCCGUCUGUCUCAAAAGGUGGAUUACCCCGCAUAUGGCUUGAUGAAAGCGCACUCGUUUGACAGCAGUGUGCCUGGAGAUAAGAAACUGGCCCGCAGUGCUCAGAUGUACCACUAUCAACACCAGAAGCAACAGAUGCUUUCCUUGGAAAGACACAGGGACCAGUCAAAGGUUCCUGACUCAGGGGCGACGUCGGAUGAGGAGAACGAGGAUGGAGACUUCACCGUCUACGAGUGCCCUGGACUGGCCCCUACGGGGGAAAUGGAGGUGAGGAACCCUUUGUUUGACGACUCCACGCUCUAUCUGCAGAGGUCUCGCAAGUGACCAGGACAUUGUGACUUUCACAAACACAUUGCAAAGAUAGAAAUGUUCUCACUCACACACACACAUACACAAACACAACACACACAGUUCAGGUUUGUCUAACCCCUCUGAGCAGCCCUCACACAACACACACAUAUCACCUAGCCUGGGGCACAUGUCUGUGUGAAAACAGGAUGUGGUUAAGAUGGAGCAUGCAAGGAGGAAGUGGAGGUGUUAGGUGCCCUUGAUAUUAGAUGACGUCGCUGGACUGAGCGAUGCAGCGGGGCGUAUCUCCUUUCAGAGAGGGAGUUUGAGAUCCAGGGACCAACGUCUGCCGUUCUCACGGUGGCUUCAUUUCCUGCUCCCCUGAUUACAGCCGCAUCUUUUCGCUUGUCUUUAUCUGUUCUCUCGAUGCUACUUUUUAGUAGACCGCUUUCACUAAAUGGCAUUCUGCCAUAACAAACAGUGGCGUUUAAAAGCGUACAUGUAGACAGCGAUGUUAAGACAAGAUCUGAAUCAUGUGGCUGGACUCUGGAACAGUGAAGAGUAACAGGAAGGGCAUAGUGCAACUGUUUUGCCAAUGAAACCAGAGUUAUUAUACUUUUUCAGUAUGCAUCCAUAGAUUGUAUAUUAUUGUUGUUGUUAUUAUUAUUAUUAUUAUUAUUAUUAUUACACCUGGAAUUAAAGCCUUUUUUUAAUAUGAAUUUUACCACUUCAUUUUGAUGUAGUGUUCAGCAGAAUCACCAUUGAAAACAGAAAACCAGUCGUUGCAGAAAAUGUACUACGAAUGGAAACCAAUGACUGUUGUGUAAGAGUGCAAAAUGCCCUUUAUAAUUUGAGGUUGCCACUGCAUUAAAAUCCAACUUGCACAUUUCAAAACACCUGAAGCCAACUAAAGAGAUUCUAAUUAAAUUGUUUUAACAAAGAUUUCAGUGAAAAUGCUUGUGUUGCAUUAGUGUGUCAGUGUGCAGACAUACAAUGACAACAAAGGACACAUAAAAAAAAGGUUUCAGAGCUUAUAUGGUUCACAU